AACUGCGCAGUCUGAGCACGCCCCGGGGCAGGAGAGCAGCGCUCUUUUAGAGAGGAGUGCCCCGGCCCGGUUGCGACCCCUUACGCCCCCCACCAUGGCGCUGGGCCUGGAACAGGCAGAGGAGCAGCGGCUGUACCAGCAGACGCUCCUGCAGGACGGGCUCAAAGACAUGCUGGACCACGGCAAGUUCCUGGACUGCGUGGUGCGUGCCGGCGAGCGCGAGUUCCCGUGCCACCGCCUGGUGCUGGCCGCCUGCAGCCCCUACUUCCGGGCGCGCUUCCUGGCCGAGCCGGAGCGCGCGGGCGAGCUGCGGCUGGAGGAGGUGUCCCCGGACGUGGUGGCCCAGGUGCUGCACUACCUGUACACGUCGGAGAUCGCGCUGGACGAGGCGAGCGUGCAGGACCUGUUCGCCGCGGCACACCGCUUCCAGAUCCCGUCCAUCUUCACCAUCUGCGUUUCCUUCCUGCAGAAGCGCUUGUGCCUCGCCAACUGCCUGGCCGUCUUCCGCCUGGGCCUCCUGCUCGACUGCGCACGCCUGGCCGUGGCCGCGCGCGACUUCAUCUGCGCGCGCUUCACGCUCGUGGCGCGCGACGCCGACUUCCUGGGGCUCUCGGCCGACGAGCUCAUCGCCAUCAUCUCCAGCGACGGCCUCAACGUGGAGAAGGAAGAGGCGGUGUUCGAGGCGGUGAUGCGCUGGGCGGCCAGCGGCGACGCCGAGGCGCAGGCCGAGCGCCAGCGCGCGCUGCCCACCGUCUUCGAGAGCGUGCGCUGCCGCCUGCUGCCGCGCGCCUUCCUGGAGAGCCGCGUGGAGCGCCACCCCCUCGUUCGCGCGCAGCCCGAGCUGCUGCGCAAGGUGCAAAUGGUGAAGGACGCGCACGAGGGCCGCCUCACCACGCUGCGCAAGAAGAAGAAGAAGACGGAGAAGGGGAAGGAGGCCGCCGGCGCGAAGGAGGCCGGCAAGGGUGCCGGCGACACCAAGGCGGAGGAGGAGGAGGAGGAAGAGGAGGAACGCGUCCUUCCGGGGAUCCUCAAUGACACGCUGCGCUUCGGCAUGUUCCUGCAAGACCUCAUCUUCAUGAUCAGCGAGGAAGGCGCCGUGGCCUACGACCCGGCAGCCAACGAGUGCUACUGUGCCUCCCUCUCCACCCAGAUCCCCAAGAACCACGUCAGCCUGGUGACCAAGGAGAACCAGGUCUUCGUGGCCGGAGGCCUUUUCUACAACGAGGACAACAAGGAGGACCCCAUGAGCGCGUACUUCCUGCAGUUUGACCACCUGGACUCAGAAUGGCUGGGGAUGCCGCCGUUGCCCUCGCCGCGCUGUCUCUUUGGCCUGGGAGAGGCUGUGAAUUCCAUCUACGUGGUGGGCGGCCGAGAGCUGAAGGAUGGCGAGCGUAGCCUGGACUCAGUCUUGUGCUACGACAGGCUGUCAUUCAAGUGGGGCGAGUCGGACCCUCUGCCCUACGUGGUGUACGGCCAUGCGGUGCUGUCCCAUAUGGAUCUUGUCUAUGUCAUCGGUGGCAAAGGCGCAGACAGGAAGUGUCUGAACAAGAUGUGCGUCUAUGACCCCAAAAAAUUCGAGUGGAAGGAGCUGGCACCCAUGCAGACUGCCCGCUCACUCUUUGGGGCCACUGUCCACGACGGUCGCAUUUUUGUGGCAGCUGGGGUCACUGACACUGGGCUGACCAGUUCUGCCGAGGUGUACAACAUCGCAGACAACAAGUGGACGCCCUUCGAGGCUUUCCCGCAGGAGCGCAGCUCGCUCAGCCUGGUCAGCCUGGGAGGCACCCUCUACGCCAUCGGCGGCUUCGCCACGCUGGAGACCGAGUCUGGAGAGCUGGUGCCCACAGAACUCAACGACAUCUGGAGGUAUAACGAGGAAGAGAAGAAGUGGGAGGGUGUCCUGCGGGAGAUCCCCUACGCUGCCGGCGCCACCUUCCUGCCCGUGCGGCUCAACGUGCUGCGUCUGACCAAGAUGUGAGCAGCCUGGAGGGCCUGAACCAAGCACGCACCCCCCCAUCCCCGGGUCUGGCCUUGUGGGGGCUCCAAGGAGGAAGCUGGAGGGGGCCUGGGCCCACCCAGAUCCCAGGACUGCUUUAGCCAGACUGGGGGGAGAAAUCCAAGGUUUGUCCAAGGUGGCCAUAUCCCUCCCCCCGCCCCACCCUGGAGGUCUUCCUGUCCAAUGAGCCAGAACCAUAAGGAGAUGCCCACGCUGCAUCCUGGCCUGGCCUGGCUGUGUGCGCAGGUAAAGCUUCCCCCGGACUCAGUCUCCUUAUCUGUCUGAUGGGCGUGUCCCCACCAAGCACACCCAGCAGUGGGGGUGCUUCUCCUUCAUGAAGAAUAAAAGAGCCAGCAGCUCAGAGUCUGGAAGGGGGUAGAGGGGGCUCCUGAUCCUGAGUCAGUUACCAGGGUGGUGGGGGUGGGGCAGGUGCCGCAGGACUUCGAGGUUCUGCUGUUGUGGCCUCUGCCCUCCGGUGUCCCCUCCACACUCUGUAGGGGGCCCUAGGACCUCCAGCUCCCGUGCAGUGUGGACAGAGAACCAGGAGACUGCUGGGGGAGGGGCAGGGAGCAGCCAGACUGUGGUAGAAAAGUCCUUUAUUGUCUCGGUCCGCCCCGUCUAGCUGAGUGCAGCCCGGCCCCCGCCCCCUCCCACCUACUCCAGCUUCUCUUUGUCCUGGCUCUGCUCCUCCUCCAGGGCCAGGGUUCGCUCACGCUCCUUCACCAGCUGGACACCACAGUAGGUGACAAACAAGAUGGCCAGCGUGGUCUGGGGGAACCCUGUGUGGGGGAGGCGGCGGUCACCAGUGCCCCGAGCAGCAGUGUAGCCUCCGUGACUCUUCUCUUCCCACCCCUCCCCUGAUGUGGCUCAGCCUCCCUGCUGAGUCCCUGGUGGUGGGGACGGGGUAUGGGGACCUUUAAGGGGGUCACAGUCCGUUGGGUGGGAAACCCAGCACGUUCGGGGUCUCUGCACUUUAGUCUCUCACCUGUGAGUAGCAGGCGCCGGGUGACCAACUCUGUGAACUCCAGGCUGUUCAGGCUCACAAGGUUGUACAUGAUGAUGGCCCAGAAGUUCAUGGCCCCAAAGAUGGCCCGGACCCGACGGGACAUCUGCUCCGACAGACGGGCCUGCCCAGUCCAGAGGGUGCAGGGGGUGGAGCAAGAGGCCCAGAGGAAAGUGGACACAGUUGGUCAGUGGCCUUGUCCACAUGGCCACUCAAGUCCAGGGGAUAUGCCUUGGUCUCUGGGAGUCCCGGGCCCUCUCUCCAUUAUUGUUAAAUUUGGGGAAACUGAGGCCAGCAAGAGGAUGAGGCUCAGUCGACACCACAGGGCCUGAGUGUGUUGGGCCUGACCCAUGAAGGUAGGGAGGACCAGAUUCCUACAGGGCAAGCCAUUUCCCUGACAGCUAGGAGAGGAGCAGUGAGAGCGUUCUGGACUGGGGGCCAAGUGUGGUAGGCAGCUACAGAAAGCAGCAGGGCCGCGCCCUCCAUGACCCAGCCCAGCCCAGCCCGAGGCCAUCCCAGCUCACCUCGAUUCCUGCCAGGGGCCUCUGCUCUGCCAGUUUCUGCACCCAGAGCUCAAAGUUGAGGCCAAAGCAGUUCAGGAAUGACCACAGGUAGACGAUGUCACAAGGCCCAAGCCACAGAGUGGUGAUGGCAAACGUGGCCACUGAGGCUCCCAGCUCUGGGAUCACCGCAGAGUGCUCCCCGCCAAUGUGGUCAUACACAUACCUGCAGGAGGAGUGGGAGCGGGGGCCUAUGGGCGUCGGGGGCAGGGCAGGACCAGAAAGGCAGAGGGCACCCCCAGAGAGGCACCCCUCUGGGGACAUUCGACAAUCCUGCCACUGGCUGACUGCUCCUCCUCUUCCUCUACCCAACUUCACGUUGUGGAGGGUUUGGCCUUGGAUCUUGUAUCUUCUCUAGCAAUGCUCUUGUGCUCCCCAAGUGAUGUCAUCCAGACCCAAGACCCCGAGUACUGUCUCUAUACCGAUGAUCUCCAGUUUCUCUCCUGAGCCCUACGUCCAGUGGUGUACCGAUACUGAGUGACUCAUUCCCCCAACCCUGCCCCAAACCACGCCCUCUCUGGUGCAGCUGGAGGUAUCCCCACCCAUUCAGUUGCCCAGACUGUAAGCCGUGGCGCCAUCUUGGAUCGUCAGUUUCGCUUGUCAGCCACAUCCAAGCCAGCAAACUCUAUUGGCUCCUCUCUGUCCUGAGCACUGCCCACCACCUCCACCAUCACCCCAGCCCAGGAAAUCAUCUCAUUGCAAGAGCCUCGCACGUGCUCUGCCCUACGGUCCCUUCCCUGCAGAGCGGCCAGAGGGGCCUUUUAAGGGUGUAGUUCUGGUCACAUCACUUCCAUGAUGCAACCCUCUCCCCAGUAGCUCCCCGUUACAAUUAGAAUACAUUGUCCUUUUCACUGUGGCUAGAAGCUGCCAUCCUCAGACCCCAGCAAAAGAGGCUUCUACCACCUUCUGUUCCAUCACCCUGUCUUAAGUUACUUAUGCUUGUUUACUGUUCAUGGCCUCCUUCUCCCCCACUAGACUGUAAGCUCCAUGAGUGCAGGGUCUUUGCCAUGUUCGGUGCACCAUGCCUGGCACACAGUGGGUGCUCAAUAAACACUGGUUUCAUGAGUUCA